GUGUGUGUUAUGUAUGUAUGUAUGUGUGAGUGAGUGGGAGAGAGAGAGAGAGAGAGAGGAGGGAGGGGAGCCAGAGAGAGAGAGAGAGGAGCAGCAGCAGCCGCCUUCAGCGGAUCACUGGCGGCGGCAACAGCAGUAGCAGCGAGUGAUUUUUUUUUCCCUUCUUCUAACUUGGGAGGCGGACGACGACGACGGGGAAGGACAACAACACACGCCGAAAUUAUCUAUCUCUAAGUCAUCAUCAUCAAAAGCUUGGGGGAGCCUCCUGAAAUAAAGCGGCGGACGUCACUCCUUCCAUCGCUCUGGAGAGAUUUUUAGUUAUCAUUUUUAAAACCUAUUUAUUCGUUAUUUUUCCCACAUCCCCCCACCUCCUGUGGGCGGAGAGGAGGGUUUUUUUUUGGUGAGGGGAGGUGAUUGUUUCAUCCCUCCCGGUUCCAUCGAGAUAUUAUUUUUCUUUUUGCAAGGGAAAAGCAAGACGGAAUCUUUAAUUCGACCUCCGGAGAGAAAGUCAUGCACGGAGCAUGACUGCAGCAAACUGGGUGGCCAACGGUGCUAGCUUGGAGGACUGCCAUUCGAAUUUAUUCUCUCUGGCUGAACUAACUGGCAUCAAAUGGCGUAGGUACAGUUUCCAGGGUCUAGGGGGCUGUGGUCCCAUCAUCUCAGCACCAGCUCAGGAUGAUCCUAUUCUGCAGACAUUUAUUCGAUGUCUACAAGCCAAUCUGCUAUGUGUAUGGAGACGAGAUGUGAGGCCCGAAGCCAAGGAGUUGUGGAUUUACUGGUGGGGAGAGGAGCCGAAUUUAGUUGAUAUAAUUCACCAUGAGUUACGAGUGGUGGAAGAUGGUCUCUGGGAAAAUGGACUUACGUAUGAAUGCCGAACACUGCUCUUCAAAGCUAUUCACAAUUUGCUAGAAAGGUGUCUGAUGGAUAAGAACUUUGUUAGGAUUGGAAAGUGGUUUGUCAAACCCUACGAGAAAAAUGAGAAGCCUGUCAACAAAAGUGAACACCUUUCUUGUUCCUUUACCUUCUUUCUGCAUGGAGAGAGCAAUGUCUGCACAAGUGUUGAAAUUGCCCAACAUCAACCUGUGUACCUUGUCAAUGAAGAGCACAUCAACAUGGCACUAUCAUCAGCCUCACCUUUCCAAGUCAUCAUUAGUCCGUUUGGGCUGAAUGGCACACUUACAGGCCAGACAUACAAGAUGUCUGAUCCAGCUACAAGGAAAUUGAUUGAAGAAUGGCAAUACUUCUAUCCAAUGGUACUGAAAAAGAAAGAAACAAAGGAGGAAGAAGAGAUGGAUUGUGAUGAUGACUUUCCUGUAGCUGUUGAGGUUAUUGUAGGUGGAGUGAGAAUGGUAUACCCAUCAGCUUUCGUGUUGAUUCCUCAGGGGGAUAUCCCUGUAGUUUCAAAUGCUGCUAAUGCAGGAGGCCAUACAAAUCCAACACAAGGAUCAUUAAGUGUGAAGGACACCUUAAGUUGUGGAUUGCCACUCACACCACCCACCUCUCCUGAGCAAACCAUAAUAGCAGGUGAUGGGAUUGCACCGACUGUGACUGGUCAAAUGAGUGGACAAGAAGGAGUGGCAACUGCAUCAAGCCCAAAACACACUGGUCGAGUUCCUCAGAAAGUAACCAAUCAGAUGGUUCAGAAUGUCUGGAAAGAAUGCAAUGUGAACAAAACACAACUGAAAAGACAUUCAACUAGUGAAAAUUCUGAGGAAGAGAUGGCCAGCAAUGCUGCUUCCUGGGAUUUUACAGAGCCUGGCCAAAGAGUGAAUUGUUCUUGUUCAAGGCAAAAGCUUCUAAAACAGCGAAGUACAACGGGCGCAAACCGCCCUCCACCCAUCUCUCAGCCUGGCUUUAAUGCUGGUCUCCCUUCCGCUUCUUCUUUGCCAUCAUCUGCGUCUUCUAAGCACAAAACAAAUGAGAAGCAGGAAAAGGGAGAUAAGCAGCAGAAGCGACCUAUGACUCCAUUUCAUCAUCGACCUUCGUUAACUGAUGAGCUUUGCAUGGAGCAAGAUCCAACAGGACAGAAGCUUGGAUUAGUUGGUAUUGAUGUCUCCUUGGAAAUGCACAGCAGCAGGAAGUAUGGCAAGCCAGCAUCUGGACAUCCAGGAAACCAGAGCAAGCCACUAAAUUUGAAUCCUAUGGAUUCUCCACAUUCUCCCAUCUCUCCACUUCCACCAACGCUCAGCCCCCAACCGAGAGGUCCAGAAGCAGAAGGUUUGGAAGGAGCUCCGGAGCCCAUUAAUCCAUUACUAUAUAGUAAUGGUCUAGAACUUCAGGCGAUCCCCAGCCUUGAUGAUAAGACUGGGCUUUUAUCACAAAGACUACCACCAGUGCCGGAGGUCAGCGAGACUACUCUAUAUAGUGGUAUCACUGCACAAAAUUUGGAGUCAUCGGACAGAAUCUCAUGGCAGUGUUAUAAGACUCCAACCCAUGUAGAGGGAGAGUUCAGGCCACCAGAACUGCACUGUGACAGAUGUGACAACAAAAUUGAUAAUCCAGAUGGUUCAGCACUAAGACGACUUCUAGCACAGCCUCAUAAACGAUUCAAAGUUUCAGAGGAAAGAGUACAAAUGCAAAUCCAGGAAAUGAAUUAUCUGGAUCCAACUAGACUUAUCCAGCAGCAUAAUGAAGGUCCUGGAGAACUUAAUGACCCUUACACUUUUGUGGAUGGUGAUAUUGAAUACAGCUUCACUUCAAUUAAGAAGUCAAAACUUGCAUCUGAAAAAGAUACAUCAAAGAAAUCUCAACCGAACAAGCUCGAAGAUGGAUUUGGUACGAGGGAAGCUCCAUCUAGUCAUGCUACACAGUUGCCUGAUGGAAAAGAUGCCAUGUCUAUUUUUAACACUGCUCCAAAAUCAGAAACACGACAAUCUCCAACAGGGCGGAUAGUUCCUGCAAGCCUCACACGAGAGACUGACCUAGUGGUUUCUUUGAAUGACCUGGACAAUCUUUUUGACAACUCUGAUGAUGAGGAAAAUGGGACAUCUUCCCCAACACGCUCUAAGCAAGCAAAUGCAGGAUCAGAAGACAAAGCUGUUGGAAAAGAUGUGAAGACAACUGGGCCUUAUCCUCCAACUGUCGCAGAUCUGCAAAGAAUGUUUCCAACCCCUCCAUCUUUAGAACAACAUCCAGCAUUUUCUCCAGUAAUGAAUUACAAAGAUGGUGUUAAUUCUGAGAUGCCUGCAGGGAUGAGUAGCAUGGAGAAUCCGGUUGGUACUAUGACCGCAACUCAAUUCACAGAAUUCAAAAUGCAAGUGGAAGAUCGACUGGGCAGUCCUAAGCCUGAAGAAAUAACAGAUUUUUCUUACGUGCACAAGCCCCCAAAAGCUAAGGGUUUUGUUGGAUCUUCAAUGUUUGCACCACUAAAGGCCGUGCCCAGUCAAUGCCUUGCUCCACUGAAAAUACCAGAUGCCUGCAUAUACCGACCAUCAUGGGCUAUUCCUCCAAAAAUCGAACAAUUGCCUGUACCACCACCUGCUUCAUUAAAUCGGGAUGGAUAUGUCAAUGUGCCUAGUGUUGGGAGUCUGACAGAAGAUUAUAUUCAGAUGAGCACUCCUCAAAUGAGCACACCUUUGGCAGUAAGUUCUACUGCACCUGCCAGCAACAGUGGUGCUGGUGUGUUGCCCUCUCCUGCAACCCCUCGCUUCUCUGUCCCAACACCUCGUACACCAAGGACACCACGAACUCCACGGGGUGGGGGCACUGCCAGUGGGCAAGGAUCAGUGAAGUAUGAUAGUGCUGAUAUGUGUUCCCCUGCUUCAACACCUUCAACCACACGACCAUUGAACUCUGUGGAGCCAGCAACCAUACAGUCAAUUCCCCAGGCACACAGCUUGUACGUUACGCUAAUCCUUUCAGAUUCGGUGAUGAAUUUCUUCAAAGAUCGCAACUUCGAUAGCUGCUGUAUCUGUGUUUGUAAUAUGAAUAUCAAAGGGGCGGAUGUUGGUUUAUACAUCCCAGAUCCAACCAAUGAAGCCCAGUUUGGAUGCACCUGUGGAUUUAGUGCUGUCGUAAACCGCAGACUUGGAUAUAAUGCAGGUCUCUUUCUCGAGGAUGAAUUUGAUAUUUUUGGGAGGACAUCAGAGAUUGGUCAAGCUGCAGAAAGACGAUUGAUAUUGUGUCGGAAUUCUGUUGUUCCUCAAGGAUUUGAUGGGUCGAAGAGGCUACAAGACCUAACAGCGAACUUAAUUUUUCUUGUACAGGAUCAGUGUACAGGACCUUUCACUUCUCUAAGUUCUCUAGACUAUAUUUCCUUAGAUAGAUCAGCACUUCAAUCAGCAAAUUGGAACUAUGACAAGCUGAGAGCAGAUAGUAGCGAUUCUUGCACAGAGUGUUUCAAUGCCCUGGAGCAGGGUCGACAAUAUGUGGAUAAUCCAUCUGGUGGAAGAAUAGAUGAAGCACUAAUUAGAAGCAGGAGUUUACACCCAUGGCCCAAUAGUAAUGUUCUGGAUAUUAGCAUCCUUUCAUCCCAGGAUGUGGUCCGCAUGCUGCUAUCACUGCAGCCUUUUCUCCAAGAUGCCAUUCAAAAGAAACGGACAGGAAGGACAUGGGACAAUAUCCAGCAUGUGCAAGGACCUCUCACCUGGCAACAAUUCCACAAGAUAGGCAGAGGAUCCUAUGGUUCAGAAGAAUCACCAGAGCCACUUCCCAUCCCCACACUGCUUCUGGGCUAUGAUAAAGACUUCCUGAUGAUCUCUCCUUUUGCACUGCCCUUUUGGGAGAAGCUGCUUCUAGAACCGUAUGGUUCUCAGCGUGACGUAGCCUACAUUGUGGUCUGUCCAGAAAAUGAGGCCUUGCUCACUGGAGCCAAAAAUUUCUUCAGGGAUCUUAGUGCUGUAUAUGAGACAUGCAGACUUGGUGAGCAUAGACCGAUCUGCAAAGUAUUGAGAGAUGGAAUUAUGCGGGUUGGUAAGAGUUCUGCAAAGAAGUUGGCAGAUGAAUCUGUUGAUGAAUGGUUCUCCCAAGCUUGGGUUAGCGAUGAAAAUGACAAUCUUGCCAAGUUAAAGCUAUAUGCUCAAGUCUGUCGCCAUCACUUGGCACCUUACCUGGCUACACUUCAGUUGGACAACAGCCUGCUGAUUCCACCUAAACACCAGCCAACAUCAUCUUCUGGUACCCAGGGGCAGGCAACAACUGGAAGCGGUGGGCCAUCAUUGGGAACUGGGGUUACUUCUGCACCAGUGACAACUGGCACCACAGCUACUGCCACAACCAGCACUGGCAGUAGCAAUGCAACAACUGGCAGCACUGGUGUUGGAAGUGGGUCAACAGGUACCUGCUCCACUUCUACUACCUCCACUACCACCACAACCACUACCCCAGUUUUGCAUCAAACAGGUACAAUCCCAUCCUCUUCAGGAUUUGGUGGGACUGUUGGAGCUGCUCAGGUGCAGAGUGGUAGCUCAGGCACCAGUACUGAGAGGCCUCCAGCAAAUACACCCAGUGGCAGUGGAGAUUCAGAUGCCCAGAGUUCUGCACAGCAGCAAGAAGUGCAAGAGAGUACUACAGAAAGGGAACGGAUAGGAAUUCCUACCGAAGCUGAGUCGGCUGACAGCAAUGCAUAUCCACCAGCUGUCGUCAUUUAUCUUGUUGAUCCUUUUACAUAUUCCUCAGAAGACGAGUCAUCUUUUACUAGCGGAUGGCUGUUAGGCCUAUUAAGGUGCUACAUGGAGAUGCUGGAUAAUCUACCAGAGCAUAUGAGGAAUGCAUUCACUGUCCAGAUUGUGCCUUGCCAGUAUCUACUACAACCAGUGAAAGAUGAUCACACUUUCUAUAUCCAGCACUUAAAAUCACUGGCAUUCUCGGUUUACACACAAUGUAGACGGCCGCUUCCCACACAGAUCCACAUUAAAUCACUAACUGGCUUUGGUCCUGCUUCCACAAUAGAUAUGACCCUUAAGCAUUCAGAGCGUCCCCAUCCUAUCCAGGUAUAUUCGCCACCUUAUAUCUUGGCACCAAUUAAAGACAAACAAACAGAGCUGGGUGAGACAUUUGGAGAGGCAAGCCAGAAGUACAACGUGCUCUUUGUUGGUUAUUGUUUAUCACAUGAUCAGAGGUGGCUUCUAGCAUCAUGUACCGACCUUCACGGGGAAUUACUGGAGACAUGCAUCCUGAACAUUGAUGUCCCAAACAGGUCAAGGAGAAGUAAAGUGCCUGCUCGUAAAAUUGGCUUGCAGAAGCUAUGGGAAUGGUGUGUUGGAAUUAUGCAGAUGACAUCACUGCCAUGGAGAAUUGUAAUGGGGAGACUUGGAAGAGUAGGUCAUGGAGAACUGAAAGAUUGGAGUAUCCUAAUUGGGCGACGCUCACUACAGUCUACCAGUAAGCAAUUGAAGGAGACUUGCACAAUGUGUGGUAUAUCUGCAGCAGAUUCUCCCACAAUUCUCAGUGCCUGCUUGGUUGCCCUGGAGCCACAGGGUUCAUUUGUUGUUAUGCCUGAUGCUGUCACAAUGGGUUCUGUGUUUGGGCGUGGUACAGCUCUCAACUUGCAAACAUCUCAGUUGAACACCCCACAAGAUGCAUCCUGUACGCACAUUCUGGUUUUUCCAACAUCUGCUGCUACGGUUGUUGCCAAUACUGAAGCUUUGGAAGCUCUUGGUAACCAAGAUGGUAUAGGAAUUUUGGAAGAGGAUAUUUUUGCUGAAGACUUUGACAAUGACAUUCGGAUCCUGAUAACUGGUAAUCUUCACCCAUCUCCCACGUCUUCUCCUGUACUGUCUCCUGGUUCACCUACUGGCACAGGGGCAGGCUCUCAUUUUCAACACAGCAGUGAAGCUGGCAGGGGUCAAGGAGGUGAACGACUCCUCUCUACAGAAGCUCAUGAGGAAGUAGCGAAUGUAUUGCAGCAACCUCUUGCUCUUGGAUACUUUGUUUCAACUGCCAAAGCUGAAAAUCUCCCUCAGUGGUUCUGGUCUGCCUGUCCCCAUGCCCAAAAUCAGUGCCCGUUGUUUCUAAAGGCCUCAUUACAUCACCAUGUCUCCUUGGCACAAUCUGAUGAACUACUUCCUGGCAAGCACUCCCAUCCUCACCCUCUGGAUUCCAAUAGAACUUCAGAUGUUUUGAGAUUUGUACUAGAACAGUAUAAUGCCUUAUCAUGGCUCAACUGCAACCCUGCCACACAAGAUCGCCAGUCCUGUCUACCCGUCCACUUUGUGGUGCUUACUCAAAUGUACAAUGCCAUUAUGAAUUUACUUUGAGACUAGGGGUCGUGUUAUACACGGACCUAAUCCCUUUCCCUGCCCAAGAACAUGAUGCAUCAUCAGCUGAAUUGCAAUGAUAUGAAGAUCUUGUAAGGGAAAAUAUCAAAAUUUGAGCAAGUACCAUUUCCAAGAGAAUUGAAUUCACUCCGUCUAACUUUUUCAAAAGUGUGAGCAUUACCUUGCAAAGAACUUUCUUUGGAUAUUGGUGCAUCAGCGGCAUACAUUGUAAAGCUCUUCCACAUCAGUAAAUUUUUUGGAAUUUUUAUGUUACAGCUUCUGAAACUAUACUUGUCAUCAUUGCUACAACACAGAAUUUAUUUUUCAUGAUAAAUUGUACAUUCUUUAAAAAAAACACAGUAUUGUGAAAUUGAGGAAAAUAUAGUGGAGAAUAUCAACUAGCUAGUGCUUGUAAAUGAUAUUUUAUUGUGCAUUUGAGUCACCUUUGGUGGCUUCCUUUGUAUUGUAGAUAUAAACCAGAUAUAUGAAAACAGUUUGUAUCUAUUGUGUACAGUGUAAAAUUGACAAAUUGCAGUACUAUUUUUUCUUAAUCAGAAAAAUUUCACAAGGCCUUUUGAAGAGGAAAAUCAAGAUUGUAAAAUUGUACAAAAAGUUAACUUGGUGAGAAUUGUAAGUAGAAGUUUGUAAUUUUUCCAUUUUAUUGUCAUUCUCCCUCCCAAAAUUCAUCAGCUAUGGAUGAAAAUGGGUUGUUUCGAUUUCAAGGCCAUUUUUAUCUCGGACUUUACUGAUGAAGAUAAAUACUCAUCUUCAUAUUUUUGGAGGUGCAAACUCCGACCUCUGUCAUUUUAUUUAAGAUUUAAGUUAAAAGAUUCUGGUGAAGUAAUAUUUAUAGGUUUUUGUGCAAAAAAAUAAAUAAAUGGCAAUAGAUAAAAUCCUAUAUUAUGUACUUCAAUGUGAGAAAGUUGUAUGUAUAUUUCUCAUGGAUAUGCAUAUUUUAGUUGUGGAUUUUUAAAAGUUUGAGCAUACAAGCCCCAGUUGAACAACAGAAUCCCUUAGCAGAAGAUUUUCAUUUUUCUUCUGUUAGAACACAUUUAAGGUUCAGAAUGGCAUACCAGUUUGUCUCCCGAUAACCUGGAUUUGCUAGCAUGCUUGUAUGUAUAUUUCAGAACAUUUUUAAAUGUAAAAGCUGUACAUUUCACGCCAAUAUGAAGUUUUUUCUUCUGAGCAUUUUGCUGUGGGCUUCUUUUAUAUAAAAUAAAAUAAGUGAAGUUCAUUUUAAUUCUGUAUUGCUGAAACAAAUACACUAAAAGCGAGUUUGAUAAACCUGCAGGCAUUUUAAUG